GCGCCAUCUAUUCAUUACAUAGAAAUGGCGGAGAAAGCUCAAGCGACAGGAGCAUCAGCUCAACCUCUAGUUAAAAUAGGCCAUUAUAUACUCGGUGAAACGCUUGGUGUCGGGACAUUUGGCAAAGUGAAAACUGCUCGCCAUCAGCUUACUGGUCACAAAGUAGCUGUGAAGAUCCUUAACCGACAGAAAAUAAAAAAUCUUGAUGUCGUCGGAAAGAUCAGGAGGGAAAUCCAGAAUCUCAAACUUUUUCGACAUCCUCACAUCAUUAAGCUGUACCAGGUGAUAAGCACUCCAACUGACAUCUUUAUGAUCAUGGAGUUUGUGUCUGGUGGAGAGUUGUUUGAUUACAUUGUCAAGCAUGGUAAAUUAAAGGAGUCUGAAGCACGUAGGUUCUUCCAGCAGGUUAUUUCUGGUGUUGAUUACUGUCACAGGCAUAUGGUUGUACACCGUGACUUGAAGCCUGAAAACCUCCUGUUAGACAGCAGUCUUAAUGUAAAGAUUGCAGACUUUGGUCUCUCCAAUAUGAUGAUGGAUGGUGAGUUUCUUCGUACUAGCUGUGGCUCACCCAAUUAUGCUGCUCCUGAAGUCAUCUCUGGAAAGUUGUAUGCUGGUCCAGAAGUGGAUAUCUGGAGCUGUGGAGUAAUUCUUUAUGCUCUUCUCUGUGGCACACUUCCCUUUGAUGAUGAACAUGUUCCUACACUCUUUAGAAAAAUCAAAUCUGGAGUUUUCCCUAUCCCUGACUACCUGAACAAGUCUGUCGUCAGUUUAUUGUGUCACAUGCUGCAGGUGGACCCUAUGAAAAGAGCAACAAUGGAGGAUAUAAAAAACCAUGAUUGGUUCAAAAAAGACCUUGCUGUUUACUUGUUUCCCUCACCUAAUGAUACUGAUGCUUCAAUCAUUGAUACUGAUGCUGUUUACGAAGUCUGUGAGAAAUUUGGAGUUCAGGAGAAGGAGGUACACAGUGCUUUGUUAAGUGGAGAUCCUCAUGACCAGUUGGCUAUUGCCUACCACCUUAUCAUAGACAACAAACAGUUUGAAUCAAAAUGUGACAUUAAAGACUUCUACUUGCCAUCAAGCCCUCCUUCAUCCAUAGCUGAAAGCCCUGGCAGGCCUCAUCCAGAGCAGUUGAAAGGGCGUCAACGUUGGCAGAGUGGACCUGUUGGUAACAGUAUAGAAAAGAAUAAAGGAACACCUGUGAAAAGAGCAAAGUGGCACCUUGGUAUCAGGUCACAGAGUAAGCCAUAUGACAUUAUGAGUGAGGUGUUCAGGGCUAUGAAGGCUUUGGAUUUUGAGUGGAAGGCUGUCAAUCCUUUCCAUAUUCGGGUUCGCAGGAAAAAUCCAGUAACCUCAAAAUAUGUUAAGAUGAGCCUUCAGCUUUAUCAAGUUGACUAUAAAAGUUACCUCCUGGAUUUCAAGUCCUUGGAUAGUGAUGAUAAUCUGGAAUCAAGUUCAAUGACCAGCUCUACUGAUUCCACUGUUUUUAAUCAGUGUCACCAUACUAUGGAAUUUUUUGAAAUGUGUGCAGCUCUUAUCACCCAGCUUGCUCGUUGAUCCAUGGCGGUUUUUAUGGCACUGUUCACAAUUGGAAGGAACUUAGCACUCAUUCAGACUCCAGCUGAUCAACUUGAGUUCCAGAGAAGGUUAAACUGAAACAACUUUUGGUGUAAAAUACCUGUUGUCUCAGUUCUAUAAUCAAAAAAGAAUGUUUUAAUACUUUCUCUGAUCAUUGAGUAUGGAAUCUAUAUAUAUCUAUUUUUUUUGGAAUUAGAUUAGAAAGCUAUUCAUGUCAAUCAACUAAAGAAUGAAGUAUACCAGAUAGAAUGUGAUGUAUGUAUUUAUAAAGUACAUUUAGUAACUGUAUUGUAUUCAAGAUGUAUAGACUGGAGAAAUACUGAUUGCUUUUUCCAUACUAAAUAAUGUAUUGAAGUACAUUUAUAUUUACAAACCUUGUAAGAAUUUCCUGUUAGGUAGUAGUGUUCAAGUUUUAUUAAUUUUAAUGGCAAAAAGGGAUUCAGCUUCAUCAUUAAAACCACAAUUACUUAUUAUUGUAAAAACAAAGAUAUUUUUCUGCAUUUCAGCCACAAUAAUGUGUGCACAUGUUGAAAAAUAAACUUUCCGGUACAUACUAUUUAAAUGAAACAAUACCAGAAAGUACUUGUAUGUAUAAGGUAAAUUACAAGUAUCUCUCUGUUUAUACAACAUUAAUCCAGCUACAACUGGAGGACUGAAAUUUCUGGACCAUUUUACAGAAAAAUUUAUUUCCAUGAACUCUCAUAUUCAUUUCAGUGUAAUUACUAAGGGAAUAAAUUAAUCCAGUCUCUUCUCAUAGGAUUGAUAUGAUGGUUAUAGUUAGUAGCUACACACUAUAAAGUUUUUGUUAUUGAAACAGUAUCUUAGUUUAUAAAUUGUCUGGUCAAUUUAGAUGAAAAUGGAAUUAAAAUAAUCAAGGAAAAUUACUAGUUUUGUUAAAAGGUCUAAGUGAUUUAGCAGUCAGUUGAUAAUUAUUAAUGAAGUUCACACAACUUGUGAAUUGUGCCUAAUGGCCUAAACAUGUAGCAACAAUGUGGUUUACAUGGUGUAGUAUUCUGAAUAUCACAAGAUACAGGAGUAAACCAGUUAGUUUUUACAUAUUCUGAGCAACGUCAAUCCAAUGAAAUUUUCUUGAUUUUUACAAUUAGAUGCUGUAUUGUACACAAAAAGUUAAAAUUGACUUAAGUUUGUUGAAACUACAUGCAUUUUACCCAGAUCAAUUACUGAAAAUUGUUUAUUAUACAGGAGGUGCCAAAACAAAUUAAAUGGGAGGAUGUUUUUGUUAAUUUAAUAGACAACAGUAUAUAUAUAUUUUUUAAAUUUGUUGUAAUAUACACUGAUUAGCCAGAGGAAGAGUUGCAAUUAUGAGUAUCAAUUAUUUAGUAUUUUAAAUUGGUUUUCAGAUCUGUGCAGAAGAUUCUCUGUAAAUAACUGUAUUUGUAAAGCAAAAUAAAAAUGUUCACAAAUGUA